AUGCGUCUUUCAUCUACGCAACUUCCGGUGGCGCUGUUGGCGGGCAGAACGGCUGCCGUCUCUCCGGUCGGUUUCCGCGUGCAGCCGAUAACAAAAAGACACCGUAUUCACACGGGCCCGCCGCAAGCAGCGACCAGCGUCCCGAAGCAUUCCCUGUUAAGGUACAGCGACGUGAGCGAAUGUGCUGUUUGCACAGACGGAAAAGGGGCGUUUUUACGUCGAUCCCCCACCGACCUGCAGACCUCCCUGCUGCACCCAGAGGCUCCAUCAGCAGACGUCAAGCUGGCGACCGUAGCAGGAAAGAAGGGCAAGAAGGUCGAGGAGGAGGAGCAGGCCGCGGCUCCUGCAGCAGCGCCGGCAGCUGCAGACGCAGCACCGGCGCCGGUUCCGGCAGCUGCUGAUGCAGCUGCAGCACCAGCGCCUGCUCCUGCACCGCCGGCCGCUGCAGAAGAAGAGGAGGAAGAAGAAUAUGUAGUGGAGAAGGUUCUGGACCGGCGGGUGGUGAAGGGGAGAGUGGAGUUCCUGUUAAAGUGGAAGGGGUUCUCAAAUGACGAUAACACAUGGGAGCCGGAGGAGAACCUGGACUGCCCCGACCUCAUCGCCGAGUACAUGCAGAAGCACAAAGAGAAGGAGGAAAAGAAGAAGGAGACCAAAAGGAAAAGCACCAGCGAGGCCUCGGGAGACUCCGAGGAGCGGGCCACUAAGAGGAAGAAGGAGGAGGGUGAGAAGGCCAGAGGUUUUGGUCGAGGUCUGCAGCCAGAGAGGAUUAUUGGAGCCACUGACUCCAGUGGAGAGCUUAUGUUUCUCAUGAAGUGGAAGAACUCAGACGAGGCCGACCUGGUCCCGUCCAAGGAGGCCAACGUCAAAUGCCCCCAGGUGGUCAUCUCCUUCUACGAGGAGCGUCUCACCUGGCACUCUUACCCCACAGAAGAGGAGGAGAAGAAAGAGGAGGAGAAAAAAGACUAGAUGAGUAGAUCUGGGAGAGCGGUGGUGUAGGACGGAAAAAAAUCGACAAUAUGCUAGUGAACUGUUGUUUAUGUUAGUUACACCUUGGCAGCCAUUUUGGCAGCGAGGGUGAUUUUAAAGAGUAUUCCCAGAUCUGUGGGAUCGAACCGCCAACGUAGCUGAAAGAGGAAACUACCUCUGUUUUCUUUCUGCCCUGGGAAGAGGUCCUUCAAAAGUCGCCCCCGCUCGUGUC